AUGUCAUUCCAACCAGGAAGGUAACUCAUUCAGAGAAUCUGAAGGGGAUCACAGGGUCCUUAUCUGCUUCUGAGGCUUCAUCAGAGCUUCAGGGGAGAGGAGCUGGGAUUCAGAUUUCGACAAGUGCCACUGGAAUACAGCCACAAUGCCUUCCAUUACGAAGACUGCACACUUCACGUGCAGUGCGUUCGUGACGGCCUUAUCCGUCGGGGUGAUGGGGUUCAGCAUGUCCACGGAGUGGGCUCAGACGAGCAUGGAGUGCGCAAGUGGCGGAAGUGGCUUCUUUAAUGGAACUGCCGUGAUCACGCUGGAGCUUUUCGCUGGGAAUUUGAACAGAUCCUUUUGCCCCUUGUUUGGAAGCAUCGACAGCUUUAAAGUGAUCCCUAAGCUGAUAGAAAUCGGAGCCACCCCGGUCGCCCUGCACGCUAUCGUCUUGUGCCUGUUGGCCCUGUGUUUGCUGUUUUCCGCCGGCAGCAUCCUCCUGGGCCUCUACAACAGUGUCAGUAACCCUUAUGAGACCUACAUGGGGCCCAUGGGAGUCUAUGUCUGCAGCUCGCUCAGCGCGUGCCUGUCAGUUGUGGUGCUUGUGGUGUUUUUGGUGAACGUCAGCGUGACCGACUUGGCGGAGGAUUUGGUCGAGACCUUCUCCGGGUCCAUCGCGGUAGACCUGAAGAACAAGACUUCCAAGAUGCGGCUGGGAUACUACCUGAUCAUCCCCUACACGGUGCUCUCUAUCGCCGCCCUCGCCCUGAUAUACAUGUACGACCACGCAGCCUACAAACACAGGCAAGAACAGCAGAGGCCCACCGAGGACGCACCCAAGGAGAUCAUGAUGUAUUAGUGGCAAUGGAGCCAGCGACGUCAAUAGAUUGCUCAUCGGGACUUUCUGGAGUAACUUACUUUCAUGAAAGAAGUAAGUUGUAUGUACAUACGUACGUUCUCUUGUUUAACGUACAAAGAGUCGAAUUAGAUUGUACUGUAUUGGUUCUUAUUUUUAUCUUAAGCAAGGGAUUUACAGCCAACUUGUAUCUGUAUUUUUGUAAUUUAUUGUUCCAGACUUAACAUUUCUAAAGAAGCGACAAACGUAGUUGAUGAGUGUGUCAAAUUUAAAUCAAAAUGUAAAAAUCUAAAGGUUAAAUUUGAAUAAAAGGUGAAAGAAGUGGACUCAA